GCGGGCGGUGCAGGUGCCGAGCCCGGAGCGAGCGGUGGCGGCGGCGGCGGCGGUGGCGGCGGCGGCGGCGGCGGCGGCGGCGGCACCAUGGGCCGGGCCCGGCGCUUCCAGUGGCCGCUGCUGCUGCUGUGGGCGGCCGCGGCGGGGCCAGGGGCAGGACAGGAAGUACAGACGGAGAAUGUGACAGUGGCUGAGGGCGGAGUGGCCGAGAUCACCUGCCGUCUGCACCAGUACGAUGGGUCCAUCGUUGUCAUUCAGAACCCAGCCCGGCAGACCCUUUUCUUCAAUGGCACCCGAGCCCUGAAGGACGAGCGUUUCCAGCUCGAGGAGUUCUCCCCACGUCGGGUUCGGAUCCGCCUCUCCGAUGCCCGCCUGGAGGACGAGGGGGGCUAUUUCUGCCAACUCUAUACAGAGGACACCCACCACCAGAUUGCCACACUCACAGUCCUGGUGGCGCCAGAGAAUCCCGUGGUGGAGGUCCGGGAGCAGGCGGUGGAGGGCGGCGAGGUAGAGCUUAGCUGUCUGGUCCCGCGGUCUCGCCCUGCGGCCACCCUGCGCUGGUACAGGGACCGCAAGGAGUUGAAAGGCGUGAGCAGCGGCCAGGAAAAUGGUAAAGUCUGGAGCGUGGCGAGCACCGUGCGGUUUCGCGUGGACCGCAAGGAUGACGGCGGCAUCGUCAUCUGUGAGGCGCAGAACCAGGCGCUGCCCUCCGGACACAGCAAGCAGACGCAAUACGUGCUGGAUGUGCAGUACUCCCCGACAGCUCGCAUCCAUGCCUCCCAAGCUGUGGCGAGGGAGGGAGACACGUUGGUGCUGACAUGUGCUGUAACAGGGAACCCCAGGCCAAACCAGAUCCGCUGGAACCGUGGAAAUGAGUCUUUGCCUGAGCGGGCUGAGGCUGUUGGAGAGACGCUAACAUUGCCGGGCCUGGUAUCUGCAGAUAACGGCACCUAUACGUGUGAGGCGUCCAACAAACACGGCCACGCGAGGGCGCUCUACGUACUCGUGGUCUAUGACCCUGGUGCAGUGGUAGAGGCUCAGACAUCAGUGCCCUACGCCAUUGUGGGUGGCAUCCUGGCGCUACUGGUGUUUUUGAUCAUCUGUGUACUGGUGGGCAUGGUCUGGUGCUCCGUCCGGCAGAAGGGCUCCUAUCUGACCCACGAGGCCAGCGGCUUGGAUGAGCAAGGAGAAGCCAGAGAAGCCUUCCUCAAUGGCAGUGAUGGACACAAGAGGAAAGAAGAAUUCUUCAUCUGACCCCACCUUCACCCCAGGCCUGGGUCUGGGCAGGGGUCGACCCCACUGCCAGCUGCAAAGACAUUGACCAGAGUCUGGGAUGGUGGGCAUCUCCCCCCACCACUAACACCUCAGACGUUUGGGCAGGGAUGGGGAUGUCGGAGGCCUGGGUCUCUGACCGAGCCAGAAAUGAGGGCCCAGGGGUCUGGGUCCCCCGGGGGGUUCAGGGACCAAAGGUCCAAACCCACCACGUCCAGGGAGGGCAGU